AUGAUGAAAGCCACAUCUGACAUAUUGCCUGAUUGUCUCAUUCACAAAAUACUCUGUUUUCUCAGUUUCAAAGAAGCAACCAAGAUGAGCAUUCUCUCCAAAACAUGGCUACGAGCCUGGUCGACUCAUCCCAAUUUGGAAUUCAGAGUUGAUUAUCUUAAUGGUAAUAUGAAAAAAGUGGAUAGCAUCAUAGAGAGAUAUCGGGAUGGAAAAAUCCCUAUAGAAAAGUUUGAAUUAUCAAACUCUAGUUAUUCUGAUGAAGUUUUCCCUUUGUUUGAUAAGUGGCUUCACAUUGCACUUCAGAACAGCGUAAAAGAUAUCGUAUUUGGUGCAAAAGAUAUCGUAUUUGGAGUUCCUCGGUAUACAUCAUACACCUUACCUAUUUUCACAAUCUUGGCAGCAAAAUCUUUAAGAGAAUUGGUUCUGAGGGGUUUUAAUUUGAAGCACGUUUCGUUAUCUAGUGGUGGUGUGGCGAACUACAAUUCAUUGAGAAAGCUUUGUCUUUCUUCUAUAAGUUUAGACGAUAACAUGCUUCAGACACUACUUAAUAGAUGUUCUUUGAUUGUCAAUCUCGUCCUUGAGUAUUGUUAUGGGUUGGAAAAUAUUUAG